AUGAGCAAUACAAACGAAGCCAUUCAGGCUCUUAGUAAUAUAUUUCCUGGGUUUUCAAGCAAGUUUCCUGACUCACUUAAAAUGGACCAAUUGCGUUUAGAUGAAUGGAUCAAGUGGGCUGCCAGCAUUAUUAAUGAUCAAAGUUGGAUAAAAAAAGUAACAAAUCCCAACUCUAAAAGAAUUAUUUUCAAAAAGGAGUACAAAAAGUACUCAAGUGGAAUUGGAAAUAUGAUUUCCGGUAAUAUGUCGUUUACCAACGUCUCAAGAAUUGAAGAUUAUCAUGAGUGGAAGCGUGAAAUACAAAGUCGAGUAACAUCUUAA